GUUGUCACUGCUCCAUGGGUUCGUGGGUCAACAUCACCAAUCGCUUGUCCAACACCUUAUAACUAUCCAACUAUAUACAAUACAGGUGUUAGUCGGUCAAGAGGAUGUAUUAUCAAUCCAAAUGCCUGUUGGUCGCCUACAACAACCUUGUGUAAAUCACCUGUUUCUAAUACGGAGAAUCAACGAAAAUUUAUGCAAACGCCUACAUCAUUGUGUCAUACAUCUCCAACGCACACGUUCAGAUUAUUACCAACAUUCACCGGUGGAGUGAAUAGUAGUAGUAGUGGUAAUGGGAACAGUGGGAACAAUGAAGCUGGUCGACUAUUCGAUACAUCAGUUUCUGGUGAGAAUUCUACAUUUUCUGGUCUACCCGGUGGUUUCAUUCUACAGAACUACAGUCUACGCGAUGAUGAUGAUGAUGAUGGUGAUGAUAUUGAAGGAGAAGAAGGUGGAGGAGGAGCAGGAAAUAAUCAAAUUACCGCUAUGAAAAAUCGCUUACAGACUAGUACAGAGAAAAGAGAUCUACAGAAUCCUAUGUCGGAGCAGAUAUUUUCAAAAUCGCUAGCUAAUAAUCUUCAUUGUGAAAAUAAACUAUGCGAAACAACCGAAAUGACCCAGUCAUUUUCAUCGUUGAAACGAACAGCUAUCAGUCUUGAAGAACUUAAUGAUUACAAAGAUGAAACAAACUCUCGAAAUUACAGCCGUCUAGUCCGUUUCCAGUUGACACAAGAUGAAAUAGCAGCCAAUGAUGAUCCUGUCAAUUGUGUACACAUACCGAAUCGAAGUGAAUAUCAAACGCUGACAUCAUUCCAUCGUGAUGAGGAGAAAUACUCCCCGAAUCCAAACACUUCACUAUCUUCGAGUUGGAUUAAGCAUAAUCAAGCGGAAGAUGAAUCGAGUCAAGCCUUUUCAAAUCCAUAUGAUCAAUUAAAUUGUAAAGUUCGUUUCAAACCAUUUAAAACUACUACUAAUAAUAAUAACAACAGUACUUUUAAAAAUAAUCAUACUACUAAUAAUGGUAGUAAUAGUAAUACUACUAAUAACACUAUUAACAGUAGUCUGUUUCAAGACUUCUUCCAACUUCAACCGCUAACAUCUAAUCAACACUCAGAAGGCAAUACCAAUAAAACAGGGUCGUCUGAGACUACGUCCAAGUCGGAUGACUUUUAUCUGGCAAAUGACAUCCACAGAAGUGAUAACGACUUUUUCCAGAUCAAUAAAACGGUAACAAAGCUGAGCAAACUCAAUCCGGUCUCAGACUGUUCCACAGUUGAUUGUAUGCAUAAUAUGACAAAUUGUAAUCGUACUCACAAUGAUAAUAAUAAUAAAAGCUCAAAUAACAGUAAUAACAAAUCGCCGAGUAAGUCAUCUGAGGAUAAAAAGCUACUCAAAUCAAUACGUCAACCAAAAGUGGUGACUUUAAUUUCACCGAAAAAAGAGCCCACAAUUACUAUGAAUGAAACACAAUGUUUAUUUACAGAUAAAGGCAAUGGUCUUGUGAACAAAUCUUUAAAUACAGAGGGAAGUUUUGUUUAA